CUGGUGCCCUUCGCCCCGGGGCCGGGCGCCGGCGUCCUUCUAAGUGAAGUGGGGAAGCGCGACCAUCGCGGCGGCUCCCGCAGCUGUUCCGGCCGCGGGCCCCUCGCUUGCCCACCCCGCUUCCAUUCGCAGUCCUCCCACAACUCUCAACCCCCCACCCCCCAACACACACCUCACAUCGACCCCCCUUUCCUGCCGUCGCCGAGUGCUCCCGCAGCGGAGCGGAGAUUACAGAGCCGCCGGGAUGCCCCAGCUCUCCGGAGGCGGCGGCGGGGGGGACCCGGAACUCUGCGCCACCGAUGAGAUGAUCCCCUUCAAGGAUGAGGGCGAUCCUCAGAAGGAGAAGAUCUUCGCCGAGAUCAGUCACCCCGAAGAGGAGGGCGACUUAGCCGACAUCAAGUCCUCCUUGGUUAACGAGUCCGAAAUCAUCCCAGCCAGCAACGGGCAUGAGGUGAGUGGGCCGCUGUCCGGAGAGGCGUGGCGGGUCCCGGGGACACCGAGAUGGAAGCCAGCGGAGCGCACGGCCACUGUGGCCGCUGCGCCCUGGUCCCUCGCGGGCUGGGCGGGGAAUAACGGCCCCUACUCCACGGUGCGCACGUGUGUGAGCGGCGGGCAAGGAAAUUUAGUCCAAGUGGGUCUGUGGUUAAACGGCGGUGAAUGGGCAGGAAACGGUGGCCUUUCCCCGACCCGUUUCGCCCUCCGUCGUUUCGGCGGGGCUGCGGAGAGCGAUGCAUUAAAAGCAGGGAUGUCUAAGCACAACUGCGAAGUCCAUCCUGGGGUGGAAAACAAAGUGCAUCCGCUAGCUCUCUCGGUACAGUGUGCAAAAGUGGUAAGACAAGCACAGCCUGCUCAGGAUUCCUACCACGACAAGGCCAGAGAACACCCCGAUGACGGAAAGCAUCCAGAUGGAGGCCUGUACAACAAGGGACCCUCCUACUCCAGUUAUUCUAGUUACAUAAUGAUGCCAAAUAUGAACAGCGACCCGUACAUGUCAAAUGGAUCUCUUUCUCCACCCAUCCCGAGGACAUCCAAUAAAGUGCCGGUGGUGCAGCCCUCUCACGCCGUCCACCCUCUCACGCCCCUCAUCACUUACAGUGACGAGCACUUUUCUCCAGGAUCACACCCGUCACACAUCCCAUCAGAUGUCAACCCCAAGCAAGGCAUGUCCAGACACCCUCCAGCUCCUGAAAUCCCCACCUUCUACCCCCUGUCUCCGGGUGCCGUCGGGCAGAUCACCCCACCCCUCGGCUGGCAAGGUCAGCCUGUAUAUCCCAUCACGGGUGGAUUCAGGCAACCCUACCCAUCCUCACUGUCAGGCGACACUUCCAUGUCCAGGUUUUCCCAUCAUAUGAUUCCUGGUCCUCCUGGCCCCCACACAACCGGCAUCCCUCACCCAGCUAUUGUAACGCCUCAGGUCAAACAGGAGCACCCCCACACUGACAGCGACCUAAUGCAUGUGAAGCCUCAGCAUGAACAGAGAAAGGAGCAGGAGCCAAAAAGACCUCACAUUAAGAAACCUCUGAACGCUUUCAUGUUAUACAUGAAAGAAAUGAGAGCGAACGUCGUAGCCGAGUGCACGCUAAAGGAGAGCGCGGCUAUCAACCAGAUCCUGGGCAGAAGGUGGCACGCCCUCUCCCGGGAAGAGCAGGCCAAAUAUUAUGAAUUAGCACGGAAAGAGAGACAGCUACAUAUGCAGCUUUAUCCAGGCUGGUCAGCAAGAGACAAUUAUGGCAAGAAGAAGAAGAGGAAGAGAGAGAAGCUACAGGAAUCUACUUCAGGUACAGGUCCCAGAAUGACAGCUGCGUACAUCUGAAACAUGGUGGCAAAAGAAACUCAUUCCCAACGUGCAAAGCCAAGGCGGCGACCCCAGGCCCUCUUCUGGAGAUGGAAGCUUGUUGAAAACCCACACUGUCUCCACAGCUUGCCCGGCUGACCCCAAGGAGCACUGACAGCAUCUUUACCCUGAGGUCACUGCUAGAGACGCUGACCCACAGAGACAGUCACUGCCAGCCCUCCCUCCUGUCUCCUGCAAGCGCCCGACUUCCAAAAGCAAGCCGAAAACGGUUGUUUCUGAAAAAGAAAAAAGAAAAAAAAAAAAGCCCACGAGAAUGCUAGCAGGCCCUGCCCACUGCGCGGUGUCGCUUCUGGUCUCUGUGUGCACUUCUCCUCUGUGCAGACCUGUCACCCUUCAGCAAGGACAGUACCUUGGCCAUGUUCGUGCGCAACUCGAGUCCGGGGCCGGAGCAGGCAUCAGCAUCCUGGCGUGAGAAUUGUGGAAGACCCCCGUUUCCGUCUUCAGUUGCCUACCUUCUUCAAGUUUUUAUUUAACAGUACAAAAGGAUCAAGCUUG